AAGGUCCCUGCUUUGCAACUCAUCCCAUACACCGAGUCUUAGAGUGGGCUCAAAUUUCCAGUUUAGUCUUUGCAGAUCUUCUCUUUUUCACAAAGAAAAUGUCUUGCUGUGGUGGAAAUUGUGGCUGUGGCUCCGGCUGCAGUUGCGGCAGCGGCUGCACCGGAUGUGGCAUGUAUCCUGACUUGUCUUUCUCGGAGAGGACAACCACCGAGACCCUCAUCGUCGGGGUUGCUCCGGUGAAGACGUACUCUGAAGGAUCUGAGGUGAACUAUGGAGCAGAGAACUGCGGCUGCGGUGCUAACUGCAACUGCAAUCCCUGCAAAUGCGGGAAGUGAAAUUUGGACCUACCCAGAUAAAGCAGCUAUAACUAUGUUAUCUUAUCUUAAAUAAGAAGAACACUUAGGUAUCUUUUCUGUAAAUAAGAAAGUCAAGGCUAAUUCAACAAAGCCUCUCUUGGAUUUUGUUGAAACUCCUUGGCUAGUCAGUGUCUUUGUAAGGUUUGAGUUACCGCUGCUUUCUUAUGGGACUGUAAUGUGUUUGUGUUUCUGAAAUGAUUGGCUAAAAUCUGUGAAAUGAAAUCAAGAGUACGAUCUCCUUUCAAUUAUGGUUGUAUUUGUACUACUGCUGUAAUUUUGUUUGAGUUGUGCUGUUCUGAUAAUUGAAGCUUGGUGGGUCUGAAAACCCUUGCUUACCUAA